AAGGAGAUACGUUUCAACAUGUAAAAAACACUUGUUACCAGACACAGAGAACGUCAGGUUUAAUACAAUCUGCUUUGCAAAUUAGCAUCCGAAGUCACGCGUCGCGUUUGAUGUUUAAGCGGACCCCAAAACGUUGUUCUUGUCCUGCAAAGUGUGUCAAUAAAGUUUGUAUUUGAACCGCCUCGAACUGCUAAAAUGAUGGCGGCUGACCGGACGGUGCACGGAGUUCCCCCUUCACUGUCUGCCAAAGUGGUUGGGUCAUUCGCCUAUUUGACGGUGAGGGACAGAAUGCCGACCAUCCUCACUAGAGUUAUCGAUACAAUACAUCGCAACAAAAACAAGUUUUUUGAAGAAUAUGGAGAGGAAGGGAUCCAAGCAGAGAAGCAAACUAUUUCUCUGUUGUCUAAGAUGAGAAAUGAGCUUCUGACCGAUAAGCCACUUCUAGCACUAACAGACAGCCUGCAAGACACCGAGUCCUGGAAUCAGUACCUGCAGAGACAGCAGAAGCUGCAAGGAGACCAGGAUGUCAGCUGGUUCAAGUCUCCUUGGCUCUACGUGGAGUGCUACAUGUACCGCAGAGUACAGGAGGCCCUGUGGCUCAAUCCUCCCAUCAGUGACUAUGAUGUCUUUAAUGAGGGAAAGACUCAGAGCUUUUUUGAGUCCCAGCAGGCUAUGAUGACCUUAUGUACAUACAUGGAGGGCGUCAACAAGAAUAUGGAGGGACUCUCAAAGAAUCAGCUGCUUGAGCAUUUCAACAAGCUGCUCCAGGUUUCUCUAUGGGGGAACAAGUGUGAUCUGUCUAUCUCUGCUGGCCAAGACAACUCACAGAAGACCAGUCCAAUUGAUUCCCUGGACAGCCUGCAACCCUUCAUCUUGGUGAAUGACUCUAACCGGGUAUGGUCAGCUCUUAUUUCUCCUCAGAGGCCGGGACAAUCUAAGAAAUCCACUUCAGUCAGAGUCGACAUUGUUCUGGACAAUUCUGGCUUUGAGUUAUUCACUGACUUGGUCUUAGCAGAUUUCCUCGUAUCCUCCCACCUCGCCCAUGAGGUCCAUUUUCACGGCAAAUCCCUCCCGUGGUUUGUCUCUGAUGUCACAGCUAACGAUUUUCAGUGGACCAUCCGGCAGACCACGGCGGCCAACCACAAGUGGAUGUCGAAGAGUGGCGUCCAGUGGAAGAACCACCUGAAGGAAGGAGCGUGGUCCUAUCACGAUCAUCCUUUCUGGACUCAGCCGCAUGAGUUUUGUGACAUGGAAGCCGAUGCGCCUGACCUGUAUGCGACCCUGCAGGGGGCAGACCUGGUGCUGUUUAAGGGGGACCUCAACUACAGAAAGCUGACUGGGGACCGGGAGUGGGACCACGCGGUGGGCUUCCAUGCUGCACUGAGAGGUUUUGGGCCUGCACCACUGUGUAGCCUCAGGACUCUCAAGGCCAACGUUCAGGUUGGUCUGCAGCCGGGCCAAGGCGAGAAGCUCGCCUCCCAAGAUCCCGAGUGGAUGACCAGCGGCAAAUACGCUGUCAUUCAGUUCGACAACGCAAAGUCAGAGCACAAAGACUGAGACGGGACGGUGUGGAUUCAUCGGAACAGUUAGAGGUACCAGCAGAAGGAGUUACCUUUUAAGCCAAAAGACCAAGUCUUUGCUCCUCAUUGUCCGUUAGCUCUGCAUCACGUUGGAAAGAAUCAUUUACUGUAACAGACAGGUUUAUUUUCACAACAUAUUUGUGCCAUGUCAUACUUCCAAUGUUAGCUAACACUUUAGAUCUUCAUUUUUCCCAAUGAUUUGAGCACAAAUGUUUACGGUCACAAAUUGAUCCUCCAAGGUAACAAAUUAAAGUUGUUUGUCAUGGCAAAUAAUGUAUGUUGGUCAUUUUGAUGCGAGUAGCUUAUGUCUUGUGCACAAUAUCUUAUGACAAUAUGUUUACAUGUUGUGUAGAUGAAAUUAAUUUUAGUAUGAAUUGGGCUUUAAAAAUCUGCAGCUGAGGCACUCAAUGGGUAAUGUAAUACACAGCUUCUUAUUACUCUGCUCAGGUGGUUUUAUUGUUGCAUUUGGUGGUAUUAAUAUGCACAUAUUAAAACAUGAAGACAGCAAUUUGAAUCCAACUAAAGCUAUCAUGGUUUGAUAACCAUUUUGGUUCAUUUGGAAGACGCUAGACUGUUAUUGGGGAAGUGGAACAAUAACAGUUACAAUGUGUGCUUGUUUUGUUUAACAUGGCAAACCAGACCUUCACUGAUGACAGUGAAUGUGCAUUUAAAGUGUCCUCAUCAGUACCUCAGAGGUGGUGUUAACUGGAUGAUGUCUAAUGGGUGGAAUUAUGAUUUCCAUUAAUGGGUUUGAUUUAAUAAAGAACUGCACAACUGUU